GCACGUGACGCUCACCGGCGCGCGCUGUUUCCGGAAGUCGCCGCCGGGGUUCCCGGAGCUGCUGCCUCCGUGGUCGCCGCGGAACUCCACGCGUAGCACGGCGGAGGCGGGCUGGCGCGGGCCCGGGGUUGCGGCCGCCCUGCAGAAUGGAGAUAAUCAGGAGCAAUUUUAAGAGUAAUCUUCACAAAGUGUACCAGGCCAUAGAGGAGGCCGACUUCUUCGCCAUCGAUGGGGAGUUUUCAGGAAUCAGUGAUGGACCUUCAGUCACUGCAUUAACAAAUGGUUUUGACACUCCAGAAGAAAGGUAUCAGAAGCUUAAAAAACAUUCCAUGGACUUUUUGCUGUUUCAGUUUGGCCUUUGCGCUUUUAAGUAUGACUACACAGAUUCAAAGUAUAUAACAAAGUCAUUUAACUUCUAUGUUUUCCCGAAACCCUUCAGUAGAUCCUCACCAGAUGUCAAAUUUGUUUGUCAGAGCUCGAGCAUUGACUUUCUAGCAAGCCAAGGAUUUGAUUUCAAUAAAGUUUUCCGCAAUGGAAUUCCAUAUUUAAAUCAGGAAGAAGAAAGACAGUUAAGAGAGCAAUAUGAUGAAAAACGUUUACAGUCCAAUGGUGCAGGAGCUCUAUCCUAUGUGUCUCCUAACACUUCAAAGUGUCCCAUGACGAUUCCUGAGGAUCAGAAGAAGUUCAUUGACCACGUGGUAGAGAAAAUAGAAGAUUUAUUGCAGAGUGAAGAGGACAAGAACUUGGAUUUAGAGCCAUGUACUGGGUUCCAAAGAAAACUGAUUUAUCAGACUUUGAGCUGGAAGUACCCCAAAGGCAUUCAUGUUGAGACUUUAGAAACUGAAAAGAAAGAGCGAUAUAUUGUUAUUAGCAAAGUAGAUGAAGAAGAACGCAAAAGAAGAGAGCAGCAGAAACAUGCUAAAGAACAGGAAGAACUGAAUGAUGCUGUGGGAUUUUCUAGAGUCAUUCAUGCCAUUGCUAAUUCGGGAAAACUUGUUAUUGGACACAAUAUGCUCUUGGAUGUCAUGCACACAGUUCAUCAGUUCUACUGCCCUCUGCCUGCGGACUUAAAUGAGUUUAAGGAGAUGACAACGUGUGUUUUCCCCAGACUUUUGGAUACCAAAUUGAUGGCCAGCACACAACCUUUUAAGGAUAUCAUUAACAACACAUCCCUUGCGGAAUUGGAAAAGCGGUUAAAAGAGACACCUUUCAACCCUCCUAAAGUUGAAAGUGCAGAAGGUUUUCCAAGUUAUGACACAGCUUCUGAACAGCUCCACGAGGCAGGCUAUGACGCUUAUAUCACAGGACUGUGUUUCAUCUCCAUGGCAAACUACCUAGGUACUUUUCUUAGUCCUCCAAAAACUCAUGUGUCUGCCAGAUCAAAACUCGUUGAACCCUUUUUUAACAAGUUAUUUCUUAUGAGAGUCAUGGAUAUCCCCUAUCUAAACUUGGAAGGACCAGACUUGCAACCUAAACGCGAUCACGUUCUCCACGUGACAUUCCCCAAAGAAUGGAAAACCAGCGACCUUUACCAGCUUUUUAGUGCCUUUGGUAACAUUCAGAUAUCCUGGAUUGAUGACACGUCAGCAUUUGUUUCCCUGAGCCAGCCUGAACAAGUACAAAUUGCUGUCAAUACCAGCAAGUAUGCGGAAAGCUAUCGCAUCCAGACCUAUGCUGAGUACGUGGGGAAAAAACACGAGAAGCAGAUCAAGAGAAAGUGGACAGAAGAUGGUUGGAAGGAGGUUGAGAGAAAGCGGUUAAAUACCCAGUGUGCAUCCUAUGCUCUGCAGAAUCACUAUCACCACGCCAACAGGCCGUGUGCCAGGGGCGAGAAUGUCGUGGUCCAGAGGAGGCGGGAUCCUUCCCUGUGGAGCUUACGUUCUAGAGGCGGAGAGAGAAUAAACAAAGGAACAAGGAGGAAGCACAGGCGGGGUUGAGUAGGAGGGAGACGAAACAAGACGCACUCAAGACAAUUUGACCAACGUCAGCACAACUUGAAAGAAACUCUUCUGCACCUGGAAUGCCGGUCACAAGACAAAUACUAGCGAUUAAUGUGUGUGUGUUUUAAAAUCUCAUUUAAGAAUAACUUUUAAAUAUUAAGUAUUUGUGACAUCUUUCAAUUUCUAAAUGAAUUUAUUGGGCAUCCAUUCGACACUAAUGUUUUAUUCUUUUAAUGUUUUCUAUUACCUAUGUCUAUAUCAAGUAGAGAUUAUUUUUACAUUACUGAAAUAUAUAAUUUUGUAAUAGUGUAUUGGUUCAUAAUAACUCAUGUAUUUAUUACUAUACCUUAC